AUGCCUAAAGAGUCAACAUGCAACUUGGAUGAACAGAUUUCGACUCUAUGUGGCAACGAACAGGUUUAUCAAGGUGAUGUAACUGUACACGAUGAAAAUGUUGAUUAUAGAUAUGACAGCUAUGUAGCAGAGGAACAACAAUCUGUAGAAUUACCUGUCGUUGAAGGCAAUCAAAAUAGUGCAAAUGAAAUCGAAAAUCAUGGAACAGACGAAUCACCGAUUAUUGGUUAUGUUGACGAGCCUCCUUUGCCUCUCGUUGAUGCAUGUGCUCCUUUGGUCGAUAUUCUUUACAAUUUAUCUUUCUGUGUUAAUAUGGCAAUUGAUGAGAGUGCUACGAUUCGUCUUUAUACCAUUAAAUGGAAAUAUUGCAGCCGUGAAGAACUACAACCCUACUUUAAAGAUUUGAAUGCUGAAUUUCCACCUGGCACUCCAAUUAUGUGGUGGACAUUUUCAUCCACUACAACCGAAUUGGUGGUGCUUGAAAAUAAUAUGUAUUUGGGUACUACAGAUGCACGAACAUUGCUUUUUGUCGAAGCUAUCAAUGGACGAACAGUGCGUGCCCAUUCACAUUUUGCGACUGAAGAUGAAAUUUUACUUCUACCCGGUACUCACAUGAUAGUGCAAUCACAAUUUAGUCCAGCAUCUGAUCUUCACAUUAUCCACUUGAAACAGGUUGUACCAGAGGAAACACUACUCGAACCUCCUUUUCAAGGUACUUUGAAUAUUUUCGAUUUAUUUAUCGAACUUCAAUUUCCUCUAUUGUUAGGUGCACGCUUAUAUCCUAAAAUCAAGCUAUCAGUAAUAAAUGCUUUUUCAAGCGCUGGAUUUCCAUCUGUUGCAUUCACAAAUCCGUUUCAAUUUUCAGCAGGCUCUCAAAUAGGUAGCUCACCGAUUUCACUGGUGUAUGGUUAUUCUAAUCAUGAUAGAAAUGUUGAUUUCGCAAUUCUUAACUUUGAAGAUAACAGUGUGGAUGUAUUGAUGGGCAGUGGGAAUGGUGCCUACGAUGUCCCAACAACAUCUGACACAGGUUUUGAUUCAGUUUUUGUGGCUUUGAGCAAUGGGAAGGGUAAAACAACAACGGAUUUAUUUGUAAUCAAUAAACAAGAUGGAACGAUCUCUGCAAUGUUUACCAAUGAAGAUGGAACGAUUCAAUUUAACAUGGACUACGCAGUUUGUAAUGGACCGCUUUCUGCUAUUUGUGAGGAUUUCAAUAACGAUACGAUCAUCGAUGUGAGUGUGGUGAAUGGACUUGAUAACAAUUUAGUCAUAUUGCUUAGUGAUAAAGGUGAAAGUUUUGAAUAUAAAAAUAGGUAUACCGUUAGUACAGAAUCAAUUGAUCUGAUAUCUGAUGAUUUUAACAAAGAUUCGAAAGUGGAUCUGAUAGUAGUCAAUCACGUUGAUAACACUAUCAGUAUAUUAAUUGGUGGCGGAGAUGGAACUUUUCCGGAAUACGGAAUCUAUGGUGUUGGUCAACAGCCGAACUCAGUGGUAUCGGGAGACUUUAACAAUGAUACGAAACUGGAUUUGACAGUAGCAAAUAGUGGAAAUACUUCUAUCAGUAUUUUGUUCGGUUAUGAAAACGGAAGCUUCCAUAAUGAAGUAACUUAUGAAUUUGGCAAUGGUUCAAAUAGUUUAGUAGCUGCUGAUUUAAAUAAUGAUAAUAUAUUGGAUAUCGUAGUGACUGGUUCGAAUGGACAUUAUGUUAACAUACUAUUCGAUAAUCGUAAUGGAAGUUUUCAGAGUCCAAACAAAUAUCAAGUCGGUGUUAAGCCGACCGAUGUGAUAGCUGCUGAUUUUAAUAAUGAUAGUAGACUAGAUCUUGGAUUGACGAACACUGGUGAGAAUACAAUCAGUAUACUAAUAAAUUAUGGGAAUGGAACAUACAAACCUCAAGUUAAAUACGUUACUGGACAAAUGCCAAUGUCUCUCGUUUCAGGCAGUUUUAGCAAUAAAUCGAAUUCAGAUCUAAUAGUAGUUAACUACGAAGGCAGCAAUCUCAUUUUGAUGCCAGCCAUAUGGCAGCUGGCGACUUCAAUAACGACAAUACUUAGAACAGACCUAGUAUUGAAUAAUGAAUAUGAUAAAAGUGUGAGUAUACUAAUAAUUGUUAGCGAUGAUAUCUUAAUACAUCGAGGUACAUAUCAAAGGGGAUUCUUACCAAAAUUUGUGAUUGUGAAUGACUUGAACAAUGAUGCUCAAUUAGAUCUAGUGGUCGCCAAUGUGAAGGACAAUAAUAUUAGUGCACUACUCGGCAAUGGCAAUGGCACUUUUCAAAAUCAAAUUCGUUUUUCUACUGGAAACGAACCGGCUCCCAUAGUAUCAGGGAAUGGAAGUGGUACUUUUCAAUUUCAACGACUUUUUAAUAGUGGAAAAGAUCCAAUUUCUGUACUAGCACUUGAUUUAAACAAAGAUCAAAUAAGUGAUCUAAUAGUGGCCAAUCGAGGUGAAAGCACAAUCAGUAUUCUUGUUGGUUAUGGAAAUGGAAGCUUUGAAAAUCAAAUCAAAUUUGUUGCACUUAAUAGUCCAAGUCUUUUAGUGUCUGGCGUUUUCAACAAUGAUACAUUAUUAGACAUAGGAGUUAUUAGCCAGCGGUCGAGUCAAUUCGAUAUUCUGAUUAACAGUGGAAAUCUGUCUAAUUUCUAUCAGAAAGUCUUUCCCAUCGCUGCUUAUCCAAAUGCUCGAACAAUUUAUGAUUUUAAUAAUGGUGGAAAAUUAGAUAUAGCAGUAACUGGCAGAAAAUACAAGACAAUGGUUGUUUAUCUAAACCGAAACUAA